AUGACCACCGCGGGACUCGAAAGAUUCGUCCAUUCGGCAGCAUUUUUCUUCUUCGCCCUUAUCCUCUUCUGCCUCAUCCUCCUUAGCCCAGCCGAUGCCAUCUACCAAUGUUACGAGACCAACCGACUCAAGAACAUCUUCUUUAUUACCGGAGCCUAUGUGAUUACGUUCCUCCUCGCAGUGCUCAUCUACGCGACACGUAUAUACACCAAUCGCAGCACCUUAGCAGGUAUUCCGAAAGCUUGGAUCCCCGUUGAGAAGGAAGAUGUGAACAAGAGCGUGAGACACUUGGUGAAGGAUGGACUCACCCGGAGCACCGUCCUUGCGUACCAGGCCCGUCCGCGCGAUAUAUCAGAAGAGAUGGGGAGCUUUCAGAACCACCAAGAUCUUUUGAUCGACCCGAAGAAUCCGCCAUGGGGUCAUGUCGAGCACCCGGGCUGGUCAUCGCCCGCCUCGCCAGACCUGCCCGAUCUACCAUACCGCACCGUCAUCCCGGAACUUCCCAAUCUCAUUGAAGCGAAAGCCGUGUCGCUAGCUCCCGCCGACGAGCUAGCUCCCGUCGACCUGGAUCCUUUCGACCCGACCGGCGAGCUUGCGACAUCAUCUCUUCCCGAUACACGUGUGGUGGAAGUUCUACAACGGCCGGCCUCGAUGGGUUUGCGGCAAUACAUUGGUCAUCUCACGUCAUUAGGAGUGAUCAAUCCCCCGGAGGUUGGCGCCGAUUUUCUAGCACUUUAUGAGCGCGCACGAUUUUCCUCACAUCAGUUGCACGACGCGGAAUUCCGUGAGCUGAUGCAUCUAUUUGCGGAGAUACUACGAGGCAUGACAUCCCCCGCUCCACCGGCCGUGGAGGAAAUCCGAGACAGCGCAAGCAACUACCGUCGCGCGGAUACCGAGUCAGUCAUUGGACCAUCGGAUGAGGAGGGCGAAACCGACACCGUGGAUAACGAUGGGUACAAUGGAACAUUUACACCGGUUCGAAGCAAUAGUCUUCGGCCGUCUAUUACAUCUACAUGGGACACCCAGUCAGGCUAUGACACUGCCCCAGCCGCGCAGAGCCCCGACUCGGGAAUGUCACCAGUCAGCAGCCCUUAUGUCAACCAGGCCUCGUCCAAGACCGACAUCACAACCGACGCUGUCGGCGACAACGAAAAUGCCAAGGAGGGAUUCCAAACCAUUUCGGCAUCAGACAAACUCUUCAGGAAGCCUGACCCGGCCAUUGAUGGCGAAGACUGUCUCCACGACUGCGCAACUUGUACAGUGAAAUACCCCGCAAAAUUUGAUGUGGACUUCCAGGAUGAGCUGUACGGACAAGUAAAUGGAUGGGCUACACAUAUGCUCGUGGCUACGGGCAAGUCAGAUUGGGUACGGGAUGUUGCAGAUGAGCAAGGAAGUGUCAUGGAGGCGAUCGAGAAGGGAGGAGUAGAGCCUAGCAAUGGGGUAAGUCGUCUGCUCCCGGAUAUGAUGAAGUCUUUGAACUAA